CUUCUGCGGUCCCCAUGAUGCAUCAGGUGAGUCGCACCCCGAGCAGUAUCACUUUGUCCUGGCCGCAGCCUGAUCAGCCAAACGGAAUCAUCUUGGACUAUCAGCUGCGCUAUUUUGACAAGUCAGAAGAUGAAGACACUUCAUUCACCUUAACCAGUGAGACUAAUAUGGCCACUAUCUCCAGUCUAAGCCCAGGGAAGAUAUAUGCUUUCCAAGUACGAGCCCGGACAUCAGUGGGUUAUGGGCCAUAUAGUGGAAAGAUGUAUUUCCAGACCCUUGUAGGAGGUGAGCGCUCUGAGAUGGUUCAGGACCGACUGCCACUUAUUGUAGGCUCAGCGCUGGGUGGACUGGCCUUCAUGGUUAUCGCUGCCAUUGCCAUCCUGGCCAUUGUCUUUAAAAGUAAGAGACGAGAAACUCCAUACACAGAUCGCCUGCAACAGUACAUAAGCACUCGGGGCCUUGGGGUCAAAUAUUACAUUGACCCUUCUACCUAUGAAGACCCCAAUGAAGCUAUUCGGGAAUUUGCCAAGGAAAUUGAUGUAUCUUUUGUCAAGAUAGAGGAAGUCAUUGGAUCAGGAGAAUUUGGAGAGGUGUGCUUUGGCCGCCUGAAACCUCCAGGGAAGCGUGAAUAUACAGUGGCUAUUAAGACCUUGAAGGCAGGCUACACUGAUGAGCAGCGGCGGGAGUUCCUAAGCGAGGCCAGCAUUAUGGGACAAUUUGAGCAUCCAAAUGUCAUCCGCCUGGAAGGUGUGGUCACCAAGAGCCGCCCCGUCAUGAUUGUCACCGAGUUCAUGGAGAAUGGUUCUCUGGAUUCCUUCCUCCGGCAAAAGGAAGGUCAGUUCAGUAUGUUGCAGCUAGUUGGCAUGCUGCGGGGCAUAGCAGCUGGCAUGCGUUACCUCUCAGAUAUGAAUUAUGUUCACCGGGAUUUGGCUGCCCGCAAUAUUCUGGUCAACAGCAACUUGGUUUGCAAGGUGUCGGAUUUUGGCUUGUCAAGAUUCUUAGAAGAUGAUGCUUCAAACCCAACUUAUACUGGAGCCUUGGGUGGCAAGAUCCCCAUUCGUUGGACAGCUCCAGAGGCUAUCCAGUACCGCAAAUUUACAUCCUCAAGUGAUGUCUGGAGCUAUGGCAUUGUGAUGUGGGAGGUCAUGUCCUAUGGAGAGAGGCCCUACUGGGACAUGUCCAAUCAGGAUGUAAUCAAUGCUAUCGACCAGGAUUAUCGUCUUCCACCUCCUCCAGACUGCCCUACUGUUUUGCACCUGCUGAUGCUGGACUGUUGGCAGAAAGAACGGGUCCAGAGGCCCAAAUUUGAGCAGAUAGUCAAUGCUCUGGACAAGAUGAUUCGCAAGCCAUCUGCUCUCAAAGCGACUGGUACAGGAAAUAGCAGACCCUCCCAGCAUCUACUGAGCAACUCACCCCCAGACUUCCCUUCACUCUCGAAUGCCCAUGAAUGGCUGGAUGCCAUUAAAAUGGGCCGUUACAAGGAGAACUUCGACCAGGCUGGCCUGACUACAUUUGAUGUCAUCUCACGCAUGACUUUAGAAGAUAUCCAGCGCAUUGGCAUCAGCCUGGUUGGUCAUCAGAAGAAGAUCCUCAACAGCAUCCAACUCAUGCGGGUUCACCUCAAUCAGCUUGAACCUGUGGAGGUCUGACACAUUGAGCACAGUCCAUUCCCCUUAAAACACCUCGAGAGUCAAAUGAACAUUUUGUUGUCAAAGAGAGACAGAGCAGUCCAUUUCAGGCAUGGUUGGGGGGGGCACAGAAAACAUUGUACUCCACUUCACAGACCAGAGAAAAUUUGUAGAGAUUCUUCGCUUGUUUUUCUUUAUUUUUUUAUUAUAACUUGAAACACUACAAAUCCUGUGUCAUUUAGAGAUGGGUGGAAUUGUACAUUGGGGUGGGGCGGGCUGAUAGUACACAGGGUAGAGCUGAAAAGGUAGCUUUGGAAUUGGAAAUGCACUCACUGCCACUUCAGUGCCAACGUAUGGGAUUGAACCCAUAACAGAAACAGACGUCUCAGAAGAUUGUACUUUGUUUGGACUAGUGGUCUGUAAAUGGCAAAUGUUGAGCUGGAUCAAGCAAAGUCACGUUUAACGUAGUGUUGAGUUGCCAAAAGAGAUCCCUUGAAAGCUUUUGUCCAGCUAGUGGAAUUCAGUGCUGAGAAGAACAACAGGCACCACCACUUUCUUUCCGGCAGUUUGGGCAAACAGACAGAAAGCAAGGCAGUGUGAAUGCUGUCUCAGGCAGUGCAUUUCGGAUGCUGUUCAAGUUGGCAGAGAUGGACAAAUCCAAAUCGUGGGACAGAAUCUAGACCAACACUCUCAAACUUGUGGCCUAUGGGCCACCUACACCUCUCCAAGUCAUUUUCUGUGUCCUGCAACAAUGCUUUGUAGGCAUUGCUGAACAUUUGGCCCAGCAAGGCCAGGCCACUGAGCCCCAAGAAGAGGAGCAGCCUAGCAACUCGCUUCAGCUGGACAACCUCACAAGGUCUGUUGGCAACAGCAGAGCCUGGUGGGCCAGGCUUCCUAGGACACGCCCAGAGUCUCUCUUGCAAGCCGUGCAGUCCUUCUGGGACUCCCAGUGGCUCUUGCAUUCAAUAGGGGGUGCUGUUUCUGAGAUGGUGCCAGACUCUGCUGACAGGAGCAGAAAGGAGGCAAGAUGUAGCCAGGGAAGAGAGGUCAGGGGGCUGGGGCUGGGUGAGGGAGGAAAGGAGGAGAAGGGUUGGAUCUGGCUGCCCUCCUGCAAGGCUCUCUCUGAUGGGCAAAGCAUGGGAAAGACAGAGAGCAAGCAAGCAAGAUUGGAAAGGACAGAGGCAAGGAAAGAGAAGUGAGAAAAAGACCAAAGGAAAGAUUCCCUGUUCAGCAAGGGGAGAGGGGGAAAAAAAAAAAAGCAGGGAUUGGACAGCUCUUAAUGGGAUGGCUUUCCUACUUUAUAUCAUCCUAGGUAUGAUCAUGAAGAAAUAUUGCAUAUCAACGCAGUAAUAAAACCAAAUAUUGGUGUUCUAGUUAAUGAAAAAUGCUGCCAGCUAAGUAGCCAAAGUGAAAUAGCUGUUUCGCAGCACUGUUUCGCAAGUAGCUCUGUUUCACGGUACCUUUUAUAUUUAAUAAAUUUAUGUUUAAUGGCAUAGCGCGAUACUCUUCAUUUUUUACUUUCUAGAUACUUUUGUAUCACGGUAUGACAAGACUUGAAGGUUGAAGCCCUCAAGCUAAUGAACCAGUCCUGUGCGGCACUCAUCAUGAAUUGAGUUUGAGUCCCUGGUCUAGAUGUACCGCAGUUCACUUGAAUGGGAUUGGCACUGGAUAAUUUUGUUGUGUAUUGAGCCCCAUAGUAAUUGGUAAGAGCUUGGGGAGGGCAUUCAGAUUUUUAGUCUUAGGCCCCAAAGCGUUCUGGGCCAGCCAUGGUUUGUGUUGGUCCCCCAAUAGGAUGUCAACAGCCUAGUUCAAAUGAGAGUAGGUAGCAGUACAGUAUGUCUGUCUCUAGAAAGAUGAAAAGUCCUUCUUUCCAAUGUCCAACUGGAUGUGGAGACCACAGAAACUGAAA